UGUGUGAAUAAAAGUAUUGGCCUAACUGGGGCAGUAUUAGCGUGUGGUGCUGUACUUCCUUGCUGUCCAACAUCUAGUAACACCUGGGUGCUUCUGCUGCUAACUCUCCCUUUCUUUCUCUCUUGCUCUUCCCCUUCUUUUUUGACCACCUCCGCAACUCGAUCUACAUAUACCGCUAACUUCUCAUCUCUCAUUUUGCAUCAUCAGACAACACAAUCCACUGUACCGGCUGUGAACGGCACCUACUGUCUCCCUCCCCCUCUCCCAUACUCUCUCAUUGUUCUUUGACAGAUUGUGAACAGAUUUACUGAACAGGCUAUACUCAUUCUCUUUCUAUUUCUCUCAACUCCAAAGACCAUGUGCAGUUACAGCAGCAGCCCUCCUCCACUCACACCUUCUACCAGCAGUAAUGGAGGAUUCCACUUCACGGAGUAUGACAGCACCACCAGCCACCGUAGCUCACCAUCUUCAACUGGCGGAGGACUACAGCAGACACUAACUUUCGAGCAAGUACAGCGACUCUCUCAGAUAGUCUCUGACCCGAUCGCCAUCAAUGCAAAGGAGGGCAACUUCCCCACACUCGCCAUAUCUCCUGCUCAACUCAUCAAGGCAGUAAAGAAGCGACUUGACAGCAAAGACAUUGAUGUGACUGAUGUUAGAUUAAAUGGCAGUGCUGCCAGCUACUGCAUAGCAGAAGACAGAGAGAGGUCACCAGCACUACACUACAACGACCUGGACAUAAUCUUUAUGAUACAAAUCAAGACUAAGAUGGACCUUCACAUCAUAAAAGAAGAAGUACUCAAUUCGCUCUUCGAUUUCUUUCCCGAAGGGACCCAGACAGGUCGCAUAUCGUCCUUUAUGCUUGAGGAAUGCUACGUCAAGAAGAUGGUCAAAGUCUCUACGGUGACCGAUAAAUGGUCUCUCAUAUCACUCGGGGACAUAAACGGGAAAAACAUCGAACUGAAGUUCGUGGACUCUAUGAAACGACAGUAUGAAUUCUCGAUAGACUCAUUUCAAAUAUUACUCGACCCUCUCCUAUCGUUUGACGAUGCCCGAAGCGGUGAGAUGUCACCAGUUAAACUAGAUGCUAAUUUCUACCCACGUAUCCAGGUAACCAGCUUGUAUGGCGACUUUGGAGAAGCCAUUGAUCACUUAAACAAUCGUCUGAUAAGCACGAAGAACCCAGAGGGCAUACGAGGUGGGGGCCUCCUCAAGUAUUGCCAUUUACAGGUUGCCGGGUAUACCGUUGCAGACUCGGCAGAGAUUGAGAGACAAGAGCCUUACAUGUGCAGUAGGUUCUUUAUCGAUUUCCCCUCCAGCAACGCCCAGUAUGGCAAGAUAUACAAGUAUGUCUUCAGUCGUUACCUCCAAUCGCAGCAGCCAAGGAAAGCACUGGAAUUCCUAGACGUGUUAUUACAAGUAGUCGGACAACAUGCUCGUUGUCUUAUGGAGAGCGAGAGAUACAAGACGAUAAGCAUUCUCUGCCAGAUACAGUCGGUGAUAUCGUGGCAGGCCUCCUUUUGUCAGGGUCCGUAUUUUCCAUCAGUCUUACAGCAGCAGCACCAUCCGUCAUCCCCAACCUCAACUACAAUCAUUCAUCAUCAUCAGCCCCAGUGGCACACAGGUCACAUGCAUCAUCACCAGUACAACAGACGAGGGAGCGACUCCGGUUCCUCAAACAGCACCUCCUCUUCUCUCCCAAUGAUUCAUUUCCCUCACUCUACUAAUAACUCGCUACCUGUCGGUCCUACCCCAACUCCUGUUCGAUGAGCCUCCAUUCACAUACUCUCUUAUAGUACUCAUAAUUGCUUUCCUUGUCAUCUUCCUCUAUCAUUAUUAAUCUAUAUUUUAUUAUUUGGAAUUUCAUUUAAAAGGACUCCUUCUUGUCAGUUGCGAGGGACACAAAAAGUAUGGAUUUAAUUUCAAAAGGGACUUUAUCACAAAAAAGUAAUGUGAGUGGUUUAGCUAUUGGAAUUAUUAUUAUUAUUAUUGUUAUUAUUAUUAUUAUUGGUGUUGUACUCGUUUUAAUGCAAGUUUGUGUCUACUGUGUAAAAUGUGGUAUAAAAAGAAAGAAAAAAAAACAAAAAGUUCAGGACUCUACAGCCAUGUCAUUUCACGUUCUUCUCUUCUUGGAACUGACUAGUACCGUGUAUAAUCUAUCCUCACUCUCUCUCUCUCUCACUCACUCUUUACCUUUUAAUAUGAAACAAACAACAAUCAACAUUGUACUGUUAUGCCAUUGUCACUCAAAUCUGUAUUAUUAUUAUUAUUAUUAUUGUUUAUUAUUGUAUUAUGAUUCAGGACACCAAAGACUAAAGUCAGGUGGACAGUUUUUGGUGUGUUUAUCAUUAA